UCCAGGGCAUGUGUCCUGAUGAGACUACAGACCCCUGUCUGGCAAACAAUGGUGGUUGCAAUGCCAAUGCAGAUUGCUUAACAGUUAAUGGUGCUGUGAGUUGCACUUGCAGGGCAGGGUACUCUGGUGAUGGAUAUACAUGUACAGACGUUGACGAAUGUGCUGUAGCCAACGGUGGCUGUUCUGCAAGUGCUAGCUGCACAAACUCUGUCGGCAGUUACCAGUGCAGUUGCUUGGCAGGAUACACUGGUGACGGUUUCACCUGCAUUGAUGUUGAUGAGUGCUUAGUUGCCAAUGGUGGCUGUGGUGCAAAUGCCUUGUGUAGCAAUACUGCAGGCAGCCGUGACUGCGCUUGUAAAUCAGGGUUCACAGGAGAUGGCUUUACCUGUUCUGACGUCGACGAAUGCCUUGUUAAAAAUGGAGGCUGUGAUGUGAAUGCUGUAUGUCAAAACACCAAUGGUGGAAGAACGUGCACCUGUCUCCCAGGGUUCUCUGGUAAUGGCAUCACUUGCACAGAUGUGGACGAGUGUCUGGUUGCUAACGGUGGCUGCGACGCAAAUGCCCGGUGCAGCAAUACUGCAGGCAGCCGUGACUGCGCUUGUAAAUCAGGGUUCACAGGAGAUGGCUUAGUGUGCACAGACGUUGACGAAUGCUUGGUGGCUAAUGGUGGGUGCCAUGCAAAUGCGGACUGUAAAAAUGCUGUUGGUGGCAGAACUUGCACAUGUCAUCCUGGUUACACUGGAGAUGGACUUCAGUGUACUGACAUAAAUGAAUGUCUGGUUGCCAACGGUGGCUGCGACGCAAAUGCCCGGUGCAGCAAUACUGCAGGCAGCCGUGACUGCGCUUGUAAAUCAGGGUUCACAGGAGAUGGCCUAGUUUGCACAGAUGUGGACGAGUGUCUGGUAGCUAAUGGUGGGUGCCAUGCUAAAGCUAAGUGUACCAACACUGCUGGUAGCAGAACUUGUUCUUGCCUUGCUGGUUAUACUGGUAAUGGACAAGUCUGCGUGGUGCUCAAGUGCCCUGUUGGCUUUGCCGGUGAAGGUGCAGACUGUGCUCCAGACUCUGACCUUGAUGGCUACCCAGACACUGAACUGAGCUGUUCAAGCAAGUACUGCCGCAAGGAUAACUGCAUUAAUAGGCCGAACUCCGGGCAAGAGGAUGCCGACGGUGAUAAGAUUGGCGAUGCUUGUGAUGAUGAGGCUGAUGUGGCAGGUACAAAGGCCAUGGUGGACCAGAUUGAAGAACAGUGUGCUGAACAGGAGCUGCAACUCAGCACUUUCCAGAAGGAACAAGUGCUACCUACCCUGGAGAAGAUAGCCUCCUUGAUUUCCUCUCAUGCUACUACCAUCACUGACUUGUCUGAUAUGCAGAGUAACAAGCUGAAUGAGUUGCACUCAGAAUGUGAGAAGAGUCACCAGAACCAAGAAAAAAAUGGCCUCCGAGUUCGAAAAACAGAUGAGCACACAGUUAGAGGCUCAUGCUGCACAUACUGUUGCCUGUCUUGACAAUG